CUGUGAGAGAGAACCACCUGUACGAGAGAGCGUCACGCCGGCACCUCCAUCGCAAAGAAGUAUAACGUUAUCAUUUCCAGCUGUAGUGGUAGCCGAGGCAUCAUAGAAGCUGGACAAAUAGUAACAUGGCGCUCAGAGAACUUGGGAUAGUUCUGUUCGUUGUUGCAGGUUUUCUCUCCGCGGCUCCCUGGGAUGGGCGUUCUGGCCAGCCUACUCCCUCCCCUGCCCACUUCCUCUUGCACGCCCUCAUACCUGAACACAACCAGGUCAGGGACCUGACCUGUCUGGAGUGCCGGACCGCCGCGGGCCUCAUCGCGACCAUGAUGGCUGAGGGCGCCACCGUGGAGGAGAUCGAGGAUCAGGUCAUCCUCGACUGUGUCCUCCUCGACCUCUUCCCGCCGGACGUGUGUUCGGGAAUGGUCAGGCUGAGUGGAGCGGAGGUCUUACACGUGCUGAACACCACCAAGUACGACCACGAGACGGUGUGCGGGUGGCUGCUGGGCGGCCACUGCCAGCACACACAGCUGGACCCCUGGACCCUGGCCGUCCCUGGGGGCAAACCCGAGCCCUUCCACCCGGAGCCUGUGCAGCCCACAGAAGGCGUAGUGCGGAUCCUGCAGCUCUCUGACCUCCACGUUGACUUGCUGUACGACGAGGGCAGCGCAGCGCACUGCGAGCACCCGUACUGCUGCCGCCACGCCUUCGGCGACCCUGCGGCCGAUAUUCCUCUGCACACACUAGAUGACCUCCUGGCGCAAGCAGCCCUCACAAGUCCUGACCUUGUGUACGUGACGGGCGACCUCCCCCCCCACGACGUGUGGGCACAGAGUCACGCCACUAACCUGCUCGCCAUCAACACGACCGUGCAGCUCAUCGCCAAGCACUUCCCCGAUGUGCCCGUCUUGCACGCCCUGGGGAACCACGCCUCGGCGCCUGUCAAUAGCUUCGUAGUACCCACUGCCUAUGCUGAUGGCUGGAACAUGGCUUGGCUGUACGACAGUUUAGCCGCGAUGUGGGCACCGUGGCUCCCUGAGGAGGCGCUGCCGGAUGUGCGGAAAGGUGGAUAUUUUUCCUAUUCUCCGAAACGAGGCUUAAGGGUCAUAUCCGCCAACAUGAACUACUGCAACACUCUCAAUUGGUGGCUCUUGCUGGAGAACGAGGACCCGGCCGAGCACCUGCACUGGCUCAUCGAGCAGCUGGCGGUGGCGGAGGCGGCGGGCGAAGCGGUCCACCUGCUGGGACACAUCCCGCCGGGCUCGGGCGACUGCGACCGCACAUGGUCGCAUGUCCUCAACGCCAUCAUCGCCAGCACACUCACGGGGACUCUUGGCAGAUCAUCUACGACCCCGAGGACUACGUGCGGCCUGUAGCAGCGGCUUUCAUCUCCCCCUCAGCGACGACGGGAAGCCAUCGCAACCCGUCCUUCCGCGUGUACACCGUGGACGGCGGAUACAGCGACGCGACCUGGACGGUGAUGGACGCCCACACGUACAACAUGAACAUGACGACGGCCAACCUCGAGGGCGGGGCCCCUGAUUACACGCUGAGGUAUGAGGCACAGGACAGCUACGGCGUGAGCUCCCUCACUCCGGCUAGCCUCGACGGCCUCGUCACCGCUAUGGCCUCCGACGACGCUCUCUUCCGCGCCUUCCUCAGG